AGUUUUAAUUUUGUAAUUUGCUCAAGUGUUUCGAUUUGCGGAUUAAAACACGAUUGUAAAUUAAAACUUUAUCGUUAUGAUGGAUGCAAACGACCCGGAGUCGACGGACUCGUGCAGUUUGACCGAGGAGGAAGUGGAGCCCAAGUUAAAAUAUGUAAGGCUUUCGAACGAUUUAAAAAAUAUUCUCAGUGAAGAAGCUGUUAGUUGUAUAGCCGUUCAUUCAAGGUUUCUUUGUCUGGGAACUCAUUGGGGACGGAUACAUAUGCUAGAUCAUCAGGGAAACCGAGUAGAGACCUUAAUCAAUUUAAAACAGAACCCGCAUAUUUUAUCGGUUAACAAAAUUUCGGUGGAUAGCAAAGGCGAGCACAUUGCGACAUGCUCCGACGAUGGCAUGAUAAUUAUCAGCGGAUUAUACAGUGAUGAAAAUAAUCAAAAAUUAAACGUCGGCAAAGGUAUAAAAGCCGUUGAACUGGAUCCGAUGCACCACAAGUCUGGUUCUGGGAGGAAAUUUUUGAUCGGUGAUACUAAGCUAGUGUUGUAUGAAAAAACCUUUUUGAAGGGGCUCAAAUCGACUGUUUUGAGUGAAUCGGAAGGUGUAGUUAGUGCAAUUCGUUGGAAUGGGCAGUUUAUAGCGUGGGCCAGCGCUCUCGGAGUUCACGUGUACGAUUUGAACGAACGAUGCUCUCUGGGGCUUAUCAAAUGGGAAGAUCCUAAAGAGGCAAAACUAACGGAUUUUCGCUGCAACCUUAAUUGGUCAAACUCGACAACUUUGCUCAUCGGUUGGGUAGAUACAAUUAGAAUUUGUGUUAUAAGAAAACGGAAUCCAGUUGAAGUUUCGACCCGGAAUUUACCAGAAUACAUUGUUGAUCCAAUGUCAACGUUUCAAACUGAUUACUAUGUGUGUGGUAUUGCACCAUUAGAAACCCAUCAACUAGUGGUACUCGGUUAUGCUAAGGAGCGUGACAUGGAUACGAAUAAAGCGCGUCGUCCAAUUCUUUGUGUGUUGCAGUACAAGACAAGUGAUUAUGUUGAAAUUUGUACUGACAGUUUGACGAUGAGAGGCUAUCAAGAAUACAAGAGUGACGAUUAUCAUCUUGAAUGUUUGAUAGAGGAGAAUCAAUAUUUCAUAGUGUCGCCAAAGGACGUAGUAGUAGCCAGUCUCUAUGAAACAGAUGAUCGCGUACAGUGGCUCAUUGAGCACGGAAAAUUCGAGCAAGCAAUGGAAGUGAUACUGAAAAGUGGCGGCAAGUAUUCGUUGAUAACGGUAGCUCGUCUCUACUUGGACCACUUACUAAAUCUGCAGCAGUAUGACGAAGCGGCCAAGCUGUGUCAACGUGCCUUCAAAAACGACAAACAACUGUGGGAAGAAGAGGUCUAUAAGUUUGUCAAAGUAAAACAACUCCGCUCCGUUAGUGAGUAUAUUCCCCGUUCGGCCAAUUGCAAGUUAAAUCCACACGUGUACGAAAUGGUUCUGUACGAAUACCUUCAGCUCGACCCCGAGGGGUUUCUUAGGUUGGUAAAAGAAUGGCAGCCAGGACUUUAUAAUACCAAAGCUGUCAUAAAUGCUAUCAAUGACCAUUUCAAUAAAAAAGAUGCUAACAUUCUACUAGAAGCACUAGCGAUAUUAUAUUCUCACGAUAAAGAAUAUGAUAAAGCUCUCACCAUGUAUCUAAAGUUGCAGCACAAAGAUGUUUUCGAGUUAAUCAAAAGUCAUAAUCUUUACUCGGUGAUAAAAGAUACGAUAGUCCAAUUGAUCGAGUUAGAUAGUGAUAAAGCCAUUGCAAUGCUACUAGAAAAGGAUAAAAUUCCUGUUGAUGACGUAGUCAAAGAGUUAGAAAAUCGCGAAGAUUUUUUGUACCGAUAUUUGGACGCUUAUGAUAAAGUGGAUAACUCCGGAAAAUUUCAUUGGAAGCUGGUUCGGCUGUACGCAACAUAUGAACCUAGUAAGCUUUUGUCAUUCCUUAAACGAUCAAACAAUUAUCCUAUUCAAGAAGCGUUCGAUAUUUGCAAACAACUAUUAUUCUACCCGGAAAUGGUUUAUUUACUGGGUCGAAUGGGUAACACACGCGAGGCAUUGUCCAUUAUUAUCCAUAAAUUAACCGACAUCCAAAUGGCGAUCGACUUUUGCAAAGAGCACGAUGAUAUGGACUUGUGGAACGAUUUGAUCAAUGAGUCUGUGGAUAAACCUUACAUAAUGACUAAGCUGCUAGAUGGCAUUGCAGGAUUUAUCAAUCCAGAACUGUUGGUGAACAAAAUUAAGAAAGGUCAAGACAUCCCUGGCCUGAAGAAUUCCCUGAUAAAAAUGCUGUGUGGAUUUAGCCUUCAGGUUUCCAUCCAGGAUGGCUGCAAUCAGAUCCUAGUUUCCGAUUAUUUCGAUAUACAUGAGCGUCUGUCGAAGGUUCAGCAAAGGGCACUGGCUGUCACAGGUGAAAAGACCUGCGGUCUUUGCAGGAGAGACAUUAUUGUGAAAGAUCAUCUAAGGACGGACGUAGUGGUGUUCAACUGUCGGCAUCUAUUCCACGAAAACUGUUUGCCUGAUAAAUAUAGUGUAGAAUUUUGUACAGUGUGUAAAUCGAGGAAAACUUGAAAAGAUUUGCUAAGUUGUAUAUACUCAGUCAAAUUGUACAAUGUGAGUCCAUAAGCAAAUAAUAUUUAGGUAUCAAAUAGAAUUUAGCUUUUCGCUGUUUUGUAUUUUUUAUGUAAGUUUAUUUAUUUUAUAUACAAC